AUGGAGAGCAAGCUGCUAGUCCUAAGAUUCGAUCUCAUACGGCUAGGUGACUCCAUCAGCUACGGGGCGAAACAUCUCGGAGGCGACGAAAAGCGAAAUAAUAAAGACGACGAGGAAUACCGCGACGCUGCCUCCAUGGCCGACAAAAUCGCAACGCUGGCCCUGGAUCUCGACUUGAACUGCCCACCGGAAAGCAAGCCCGACACACUCGAGCACACGAAGGAGUACAUAGCUUGGAAGCAAAAAUCGGCGGAAAUAGCCAAGGAUCUCGGCAGGCAUGCAUAUGACAUGCACACGGUCAUCGAGCUCCUGAUUGAUGUGGAGGAAUCAAGGGUGGGCUGCAAAAGUAGAAUUCUCGAUGCCGCGAGGAAGGAGAGUGGGGGCAUUUAUAAGGAGGCACGGGAGUUUGAGGAAUAUUUUGAUGGGUAUGCGCGGUGGUUGAAUGAAGAAGGCUUUGGGGACGGUGGACGGGUGCUGCAUAUUCCGCCGCCGUCGACCUCACUCUAG